UCUUCUUUUCCUCUUGCUGCUCCUCUUGUGCCCAGACAUUGACAAAGAGUGAUGGACGGGAACGGGGAGCGAAGCAAAUUCAGAAGCGGUAGAGUUCCCCGGGCACAAUUUAUUGCCACUGCUGCGAGGGAAAUUGGGUCUUGGCAGUCGUCCUGCCACGUUCCUCAUUCGCGGUGACGUCUUGAGCGCGGGCCUGUUCGCGAGUUGGCGACUCCCGCUUCAACUACCCCGCCCGGCAAUAUUCUCAAUCAGGCGGCACACCACCCGAAGAAGCCGCACGAUGUUUUUUGGGGUUACGAUUAUUAUCAUCAAGUUCGUUUAUUAUUUUUAUUAGUAUUGUUACUGCCGGGGCGCUUCGCCCGCUCCCAUUUGUCAUUAGCUAGUGGGAGCAUCCGCGGCAGUCGCGUUACUAUUAUUAGUUUACCCGGCUGUCCCUGCCUCGCCUACCCCGGUUCCCUGUCGCGCGUGUUGAUUAUGAGAGGUUUGGUUGUGGCUUUUGCGGGAAAACCUUGGAACUCCUGCCUGCCUUUGCGGGGAAGCUCAAGGCUUUCCGGGGUCUUUUCUUUUUUUUUUUUUUUUGAAUACCAAGACCAAGUCGAAAGAAUUUUUAACGUUUAGACUAUUCAGGUAAACCAUGGAAAGGAGUGAGCAUGAUGGGACGAAACGUUCCGACAUUCAUCCAGCGACCGAACGAAGACAGGAACGAGACUCGAGCGUGGAGUUUUGUCCUGGUGCUUGUACACAGUCGGUCCGGACGUACCGGACGGUUUAGUUCAUUGCUUCCGCUCAUCUCGAGCAGUUCGUUCAAUUAAUCUCGGCCCCACCCCAAGCCCAGCAUGGCACUGGUCAAGGGCGAAGACAGCCCGCCGCGACCGCCGGCCAUCGUGUCGUACGCGUUCGAGAAGGAGCUGAUCAACAGGCAGAACCGCUACAUCCGGCUGUACGACAGCUUUCUGCCGAGCCUGAAGCGCGUCCCGAUCGCGAUCAAGUUCUGGUCCAAGUACGACUCGACCGCGGCCGGCCGCAGCGGCCUGCCCAACUUCGACCGGUACUGCGCGCUGGUGGAGAAGACGAUUGCGGAGGGACCGCGCGACCGCUACCCAGAACCAGUCACCGAGAGCCAGUGCUACGGUUGGUACUGCGAGCCGUGCUACCGGUACGAGGGGCGCGACAUCCACCUGCUGUACCAUCCGAAGAAGCGCUCCCCGAUCACGCUGGUCGGGGAGAAGAUCAACGCGGACCGCAUCACGCAGCGACCCCGCUUCACCGGCGUACCGUUCAAGCUCACCUCGUAAGACACCAGGCACCAGUGAGCAGGAGCAUCAAACUCAAGCUAGAACUACAGCGCCAUCUGUGUACUGU